UUUUAUUUAUUUAACAUAUCAUAAAGUGCUGUUACUUCAUUACUUAAACAAAAAAGACAAAAAAGGUAUCCACAAUGAUGGAUUUUAUAUUUUCAUGCAGUGUUUUUAAAAAGAUAAAAUAAUCUACAGUCUUUGUGAAAAAGCAAGGAAUUAGAUGCAUGAGAUGUGUUGAAGAAAAAAAUCUGACUUCAGAGAGUGGGUAUGAGUGGGUAAACCAGACCACUGUUAUUUAUACCAGAAGGGUAACAGAGAGUAGUGGAAGGGUUGCUAAUUACAUACAAAGAACAAAAAGGUAAAAGUUAAAAGGGUUUCGUCACUGAUCAUGGGGUAACAGGCUACAAUAACAGGAAUAAAGAUAAGGUUCAUAAAAAGCAAAUGGCCACAGGAACAGGAGGCCACAUUCCAAAGGUUCAGAUCUAUCAAAACAAAUCAGAGGGUUACGGGAUGAUGCAAAGAUGUUUAUCUCAGCUCUGAAACCUGAAACUCAACAUUUAGGGCUUCAAGCAACAACAGAUACAUUUGCUGUCCCUUCACUUCUUUCACUUUUAAUUCUGCUACAAAGGACAGAGGUUGUGUGGACAACAUGUCAGGAAUAGCGACGAGUAAAACUUCCUUCUUUCGUUCAAACUAUGAACAUGUAACUCUGCCUGCUGUUUACACCUUUGUUUUUAUCAUUGGUCUGGGAGCUAACGGAUGGGCGGUGAGGUCCUUGCUUCAGAAAUGGAAAAUUCUUGGACACAUUAAUGUGUUUCUUCUGAACCUUGGAGUUGCUAACUUUUUGUUCCUGCCAACUCUCCCAUUUUUGUCAGCAUACUAUUUUAUGAGGAAUAAAUGGAUCUUUGGAGAUGCCUUCUGCAAGAUCACAAGAUUCUGCUUCAACUUGAAUUUAUACGGCAGCAUUGGAUUCCUCACCUGUAUAAGUGUGUACAGGUACCUGGCUAUUGUCCAUCCAAUGAGGAUGAUGGGGAGAUUAACUGUCACUCUCUCUGUGGCUAUCUCAGUUUUGGUUUGGCUGUUGGUGAGUGUUCAAAGUCUUCCAGAUAUGUUCUACCCAAAAACCUCUGCAAACAACACUCAUACAAAUAGAACUGAAAAAUGUCACCAUACCACCUCUACAGAGUAUGCUGAGAAUUACCUGAAAUACAGUGUGGGUUGGACAUUGACUGGGUUUGUUAUGCCACUCCUUAUCUUACUUGGCUGCUAUGGACAUGUGACUCUUGUUCUCUGCCGCAAAAAUACCAUUAAUAAGGUGGUGAAACAAAGAAGCUUAAGGUUGUUGUUCAUUUUGAUUUUGCUCUUCUCAGUUUGUUACAUUCCCUACCAUAUUUUUAAGAACCUCAGCCUUUAUUCAAGAGUUCUGAUAAAACACAGGAUGCGUCCAACAUGGGAUGAGGGAGUCUUCUGUGCUCAUCAGAUCAGUCGUGGUCUUGUGUGUCUGAAUAGUGUUUUGAACCCCCUGGUUUACCUCCAUGUCAUGGAUAUUCCUGCUCAGCUCCAACAGCUGCUUCAGUGGUUUCGUCAGACAUUUACUCGUUUGUUUGUGUCAGAAUACGGCAGUGUACCCGUGGAACAAACAAUGACCACAACAAUAUCUUAACAGUAAAUAAUGACUUUGACUUUGUCUUUUAGAGUAGAGUGUAAAGACUGUUUUACGUAUUAUACUGUCUAUACUAUCUUUUUCGGGAUAACAGUUUUGGCUCAAAUGGAUUUAUAAAUAAAAAAGCUUUGUUUCUGUGUUUGUUGUUCUUCUGUUGCCCUGCAUCGAAAAUUGCAUUAUUGAAAAUUGCAUUAUUCAAAUUCUUUACAGCAACAUCUUUUUUGUCACAUUGAAAAUAUAAACAACCACUGAGACAUGACUACACAUGCGUAGGGGAUUGGAGGCAAGACAACAGAAACUAAAGACUAGAUAAGAAAGCUAAGGUGAUCUCAACAAAUGCUAAACAGAGGAAUAGCUAUAGUAACUAACACAAGGAACUGCUUCUUAACCUGCCAUAGAAAUGCUGGGUCACAGACCGAGGACCGUGACACUUUUAAUUUAAGCAAAGAUCAGGAAAGAGCGCUGGCAGAUUAGUAUCAUUUAUUUUAUGUUCACUGACACAGUUUUCAGGUUAGUAACCACUUUUCUUUAGAUUUGUGUAGGUUAUGUGUACAGCAAAAUAAUUUCCCAUAAAAAACAUCUGCUGGAUUAUUACGUUUGUAUAGCAGUAGAACAGUGUUGGUGAAAUUUAAUCAGCAUUAACUUUUGUUUCAUGCCUACUAUAAGUAAGCUUGGCAGUGAACAUGUGAUUCAUAUUUGACAUGAGAUACACAAUAUUUGGCUUUUAGUUUGCUCUGGAAUUCUAAUGUAUAGUAUUUGAUGUAUACUGCUCUAAGCAAGGGCACACACACACACACACACACACACACACACACAC